CAGCCCUGACGCAGUGACGUCAUGCGGGUCUCCGGAAGCCGAGGGAGGCGAGCCUCCCGCCCGGGAUGAGCCCGUGACCGCUGAGGUUCCCUCCUCCUGGCUAAUGCCGCGAGUCCGUGACCUCGGGGUUCCUUCCGGGGUCUAAGGUCUUCUUUUCUAGCUCUACUAUCGCUAAGGAGAGAGACGGAAGCAAAGCACGACUCCGACCCAGCUCGCGAUCAAAGUGUCUGCGCCUGCGCAGCGAAAGGGUCUCCUACUUAAGAUUCCCGGAAUCGUUGUGCGACGCCUCCGUUUCCCUUCCGGAAGUCUCUCCAGGUCGGACAAGCCCGGAUCCGUCUCCCGGGCACUCUGACAGCGGCACCGGAAGUGACCCGUCCAGGGCGCCGUCGCCGCCGCCGCCGGGAGGAGCUGCCACGUCCGAGCCCGGGAACCGCCGCCGCCGCCGCCGCCGCCAUGGUGUCAGUCAUUAACACGGUGGAUACCUCCCAUGAGGACAUGAUUCAUGAUGCCCAGAUGGACUAUUAUGGCACCCGCUUGGCCACCUGCUCAUCAGAUAGAUCUGUCAAAAUCUUUGAUGUACGGAAUGGGGGUCAGAUUCUCAUUGCUGACCUGAGAGGUCACGAAGGCCCCGUGUGGCAAGUGGCCUGGGCUCAUCCUAUGUAUGGAAACAUCUUAGCCUCCUGCUCCUAUGACCGGAAAGUCAUCAUCUGGAAAGAAGAAAAUGGCACAUGGGAGAAAACAUACGAAUACACAGGACACGACUCUUCAGUGAACUCUGUGUGCUGGGCCCCCCACGACUACGGGCUCCUCCUGGCCUGCGGCAGCUCCGACGGAGCCAUUUCCCUGCUGAGCUACAGCGGCGAGGGACAGUGGGAAGUGAAGAAGAUCAACAACGCCCACACCAUUGGCUGCAAUGCCGUGAGCUGGGCUCCUGCUGUCAUACCUGGGAGUCUGGUAGACCAGCCGUCUGGGCAGAAGCCAAACUACAUCAAGAAGUUUGCCUCGGGAGGCUGUGACAACCUGGUCAAACUAUGGAAGGAGGAGGAGGAUGGUCAGUGGAAGGAGGAUCAGAAGCUGGAAGCUCACAGCGACUGGGUCCGAGAUGUAGCCUGGGCCCCCUCCAUUGGCCUGCCGACGAGCACCAUCGCCAGCUGCUCCCAGGAUGGUCGUGUGUUCAUCUGGACCUGCGAUGAUGCCUCUGGAAAUACGUGGUCUCCCAGAUUACUGCACAAGUUCAAUGACGUUGUGUGGCACGUGAGCUGGUCGAUCACAGCCAACAUCCUGGCUGUUUCAGGAGGAGACAACAAAGUUACUCUGUGGAAGGAAUCGGUUGAUGGACAGUGGAUGUGUAUCAGUGAUGUCAACAAAGGCCAAGGUUCGGUGUCUUCCAUCACAGAGGGCCAGCAAAAUGAGCAGUGACCGAGGCGGUGCCGGCAGCGCAGACAGCAAGGAAUCAGCCAGCCGUGGCGCCGGAAGGCAGCUAUCCACAGCCAUGACCUCUGGAUCUGCUACAUCACGGGUCAGCUGAUGCACAGGCUCCCCCAAACUGGGAAAGGAAAUGAGAUGAUUCUAAAUUCAAUAAGAUCACGUGUUUCUACAAAUAGAUACAACCACAGUAUUGAUCAUUUGCCUUAAAAUGAUUUGAUAUGGUCUCUAAGUUGACUUGACUGGUUCAGAGAGCUUAUUGUUUAAGAGAAAUUAUUACGAAUGGUCUUCAAAGUAGUUCAUUUAAAAAAAUUUUUUUAUCAGCUACUUUUGUGUACCCCUAGAAUUUGGGGUUUGUGUUGGGAGGUGGGGUUGUUUUCAAAAUAACUAAAUAAAGUCAAUAAUUCCCUUUUUUUGA